AUGGCUUUCGUAGCACGAAACGCCCUGAGGCUCUCUCGAGCUGCCGCCCCCCGAGCCGCUCCCCGAGUGGCGGCCGCUCCUCGCCUCUUCUCCGCCUCCAGCGUCAGUCGUGUCUCCAACACCGAGACCAAGCAGAAUGUCGUUCGCGAGAAGGAGAUUCCCGUCACGGAUUACCGUGCCGGCCACAGUGAUAAGCACACCGUCGCCGUCCCCGAGGCUGCGUCGCAGGUCCCUUGCGACUCUCCCGCUCCUCCCUCCGACCAUGACACCAUCCAGCCCCUCUCCCGCAAGGUCUUCGAGAACAUGCCCCCCACGAUGCGGAACAUGACGGUCUAUGGCAAGACCAUCAUCGUCACCGGCGGUGCUCGCGGUCUCGGGAACCACAUGGCCCGCGCUUGCGCCGAGGCUGGCGCCAAGGCCAUCGUCAUCUUCGAUGCGAACCAGGAUCUCGGCGAUGACGCCGCAGCCGAGCUGCACGACAGGUCCGGCAUUCCUGUCUCCUUCUUCAAAGUCGAUGUCCGCGACGGUGCCGCCAUCAACGCCGCCGUCGAAUCCGUCGUCGAGAUGUACGGCACCCCCGACGUUCUCGUGAACGCCGCCGGCAUUGCCGACUCCAACAUCAAGGCCGAGACCUACGACCCGGCCAUGUUCCGACGCCUCAUCGACAUCAACCUUACGGGUACCUUCCUCAUGUCCCAGUCCGUCGGUCGUGCCAUGAUGGCCGCCGGAAAGCCCGGUAGCCUGAUCCUCGUCGCCUCCAUGUCCGGCUCCGUCGUCAACUACCCUCAGGAGCAGAGCUGCUACAACGCCUCCAAGGCCGGCGUCAUCCAGUUCGCCAAGUCCAUAGCCGCCGAAUGGGCCAAGCACGGCAUUCGUGUCAACUGCAUCUCUCCUGGUUACAUGGACACCGCCCUCAACCGUGUGCCCGCCCUCGAGGCCCAGAAGAAGAUCUGGAAAUCUCUGACGCCCCAGGACCGUCUCGGCGGCGUCGACGAGCUGAACGGCCUCUGCGUCUUCCUCGCAUCCGACUCUUCCAGUUUCAUGACUGGCUCCAACGUCCUCAUCGACGGUGGCUACUCGUGCUAUUAA